AAAGCAGGGAUGUUGCGUGUGAACCAGCUGACAGCAGUGAAAAAGACAACAGUAAACAGUCAUCCUCAGCAGAGGAGAAAUAUCCUAUUCUUCGCACAGCAGUUUACAGAGCAAGUGGAGAAAGAAAGCACAAAGCAAGGAUAAGAGAGGAAGGCAUUUGUUUUGGAAAUGUACUCACAAGAAUACAUAAGGAGGGAAGAGAAGAAUCUGUUUGUCAGCCUACUAGCAUUUCAGAGCAUGAGACAAAGUUAAAAAGCAGCAUAACAAAACCAACAUCCUUAAUGUCAAGGAUUACAGAUAAUGUUAGAAACACUGAAAUGCAAACAGCGGUUUUGGAUCCAAGUUGCCAUAAAAAGACUCGUGAACAACCAGAAGUUGAAAGACCUUCUAAAAAGCCCUUCAGGACCAAAGUUUAUUCUUAUGAUAGAACAGAAGCAAUUGAUGAUGAUGCUAUAACACAUAUCUUGAGGCUUCAAGGCAAACUUGGCUGGCAAACAAAUGUGCAGUCAUCUGAAUUGUUACCUGGAGAGGCUGAUGUGGCCAGAUUUCAGAAGUUCACACUUGAGACACCUCUAGUGUUAGAAGAUAGUGGGGAAUUUAUAUAUUGUCUUCAACGAAACAGGAACAACUUUAAAGCUGCCUACAAUCCAUACAAUUUACAGGUUGUCUCUGUGCAUACAGCUAUGCAUAGCAAAAUAUAUUGAACUGUUUCAGCUUCAUAUGUGUCUAAGUUUUCUGCAGCCCCUAAAUUAGGACAAAUGGAAGUAACAGUGGUGCCAUUAUGGCUGCAUGAAAGACAGUUGUAUUAUAAGUUACGUGAUGUGAAAUUCAUUUCAAGUAAGGAAUGUAAAAGGAAAAAAGUUAACUAAUUACAGUAAUAGAUAUCUCUGGUAAUGUCAUCACAUGCACUAAAUUUUAGGAAGCAAGUUUUCCAUUUGUUCUCUUUCAGGUUAUACGGGCUAUGAAAUAGCUUGUGCUGCUUAUUUAUAUAAAAUGCAUUGAAGCGAAUUUUGUAGGGUAAAAUAGAAGAAAAUAGGUAGUGGUGAAAUUGUCACAUUUUUCUGGCUGGCUGUUUUGGAAACAUCAGUAAAAACAUGAUAGCCGAAUUUUAACCUCUUGCUUUGACAUAUAUUAAACAUCCAUCUCCUGUACAUGUGUUUCGGUAUUUUAUUUGUAUUGCUUUUUGGUGAGAUAUGUUUGUUUCUGGUUUAUUUUUGGUUUUCAUCUAUGGAACAUUGCUGGAAGUGAUUCAGCUGUGGUACUUGACCCUGUGUCUAAUGUUUGAUUUGUGCAGUCAAGAUUUUUGUGUGUUCAUCAGUCAUGACAAUGAUGAUAUGAAUUUCACACAUUUUUGCAACUGUAUUUUACGUUUGUCAGUGUCACAUUCCACAUAUAACAAUUAAACAAAGUCAUAAUAAUCCUAGUUCAUUAUGCUGCUCCACAAAGUUUUGGUAAUAUUUGUUGUUAUGAAUAUGUGUGUAUAUGUGUCAAUUAGAGAAGUAAAAAUUGCUGCCAUGGGAAUGCUUAGAAGACAGAUUAGCCAAUUUUAAACUUUUAAACAAAAUUUUACCAGGCUGACUUUCUUUAACUGCAUUUGAUGCUAUAACUGUGCUGAAUGCUUAGUUCAUAUCCAUUAUCAGUCACUAUCACUCUAAAGUCAGUUAAACCUUCACAAUCUCUAUCUGUGAGUAUGCAGUACCACAGAGUAGAUGUGUGUGCAUAGCACAGUUCAUGAUUGCCUGGGUCACUGUAGUUUAGGAGGUAGGACUCAAAACCUGUCUACGAAGGGAAGGUGAAACAAUAAUGAACAUGUUGCAGCUCUCCUCCCUGCCCAACCACAUGGGGCAUUCUACCCAUUUAUAAAUGUAUUGUGUUUAUAUUGAUUCUAGAAAAUUGGCCUCACCUCUGUGAGGUGCAAAAGCUUAAUGAGUACUUUCCCAGGCUGAAGCACAUGCAUUGCCCUGUAGCUUGGCUGGUUUUGUUUGUUGAUUUUCCCCAGCUGCUGUUUCUUUUCUUAAAGCAAAAGUAAAGCUUGUCCAGCUUUGUGGUUGUGUGGCAGUUUGAUCACUGUUCAGUAGCCAGGAAUUAUGGAUUCUGGGACCUCCUUUUGUUUUCAAACUGUGGGCAUAUUUUCAAGGCCUUUACUGUUAUCCUGUCCUUAACCUACAUCCCAAAAAGAAACAUCUGGUAUCAAGGUUCAGUUUACAUAGGACAUGCCAGCACAAGUUGGUAACAAGCCUAACGGCCAGCACUGGGGCUUAGUGCAUAAGGCACAGUUAAUUUAAAGCUUCUGGUUUGUUACUGGCGGUGGUAAUGCUAAAAAUAGUAUUGGGCACAGAAAAGCUGAUGCUGUUUUGGUACCUUAGGGAUGCUUAUGUUUGGGUUUAAAACAAGCUAAUGCUAAUGAUUCCUUAGUGUACUUUUAUGAGUGCACCAGCCUCUUCUUUAGCUGUACUGUUCAUAAAUGUGUAAGAUAGAUGAAGAGGUGUGGAGCAGAUGUAGAAAGUGGAAACUGGCUACAUAGAUCCAUGUCUGUCUCCCAACAGUAUCAGUGCUGUUAAUGAGCAGUUGCCACAGCAGGUGUGACAGUCUGUAAAAUUUUUAUGCAUAAAUAAUUAUUUCUGUUGCUUCUAGAAUGAAGAAGUACUUUCUAGUCUGGAAAAUCGGUGUUAGAAGCAAGAUGGACAAGACCAAGUCAGUUUGAAUGUAGGUUUGUCAUGGGAAGAGAAUAAAGAAUACUUCCUCCCCUGCUA